AUGGCGUCUGCCACGGGAAUACCGCAGGCUCAUCCAGAUACGAUUGUCUCCGAGGAGGCCGCGCCUCUUCUUGGCCGCCCAGGCGACGUCACACAGAAACAGGAUCAGAGCAUCGCCCGCAAUCUCAUCUCAGGAACCGCGAAUGUAGCUCAAGCUGGGGUGUGCAUUCUGCUCGCCACCUCCGGUCUACUCCUCCAAAUCCAGGCUGCGCUCGUCCUCCAGCCAACUGUAACCCCCCAGCAAAAACUACUCGGCACACGCAUCCACAGCAGCAUCCAAUUAGUGAACGUCGUGUGUUUCCUCGGUGCCUUUACCGUCAUCGAAGUUAACAAAGGCGACCACCCGCACUUUGUUUCCCCUCACGGCAUCCUCGGUCUUCUCACGGUGAUCUUCAUCGUGCUACAGGCCCUAGUCGGGGUCGUUCAGUUCUUUCUACCCGUCACUGUUCUGGGAAGCGUCGACGCCGGUAAGCGGAUCUACAAAUACCAUCGGUGUACCGGAUAUGUUCUGCUAUUGCUGGAGAGUGCGACUGUUCUGGCGGCGACGCGGACCGACUACAACCUAGCGGUUUUGGGUAUUCCGACUUGGGCAGUUCUCAUCACCCUUCUCAUCACUUUGUCGGGAGUCGGUGCCAGAAUCAAAAAGCAUAAGUUGGGACUCUGA